GUGGGAGCUAGUCUCCACAUCCACACACACGCAGAUCGGCAGUCGCUCCUCGACCUCUCCCUCGCUGCUGCUUGCGAGUUACUGUAUAAUAUUCAAAUCGAAUCGCGAGUGUGUGCGUUUGGGGCUAUGUACCCGAAUAUGCGAUAAACUGAUCUAAAAGCAGGUGACGAACUGUAGCUGGGAAGACGUAAACAAUAGGAAUAGGAUGGAUCUCACGGCUGAGUGUAGUGUGUUUACCGAUGAGCUGCUAAAGACGACGUCGUCUGCGUCGGCUAUAACUGGUGGCUACUUGGAGGAGGAAGUCUCGGUUCGGGCCCGUACGAGAGCGAGACGCGAAUAAAAACAAACGCCUCGCUCCUUUUCUAUCCUCACAACCGCAUAGGAGAGAGAGAGUCUGCCGAACAGGAGGGGCCAGGCCCUUCUCUCGCCCCGCCACCUCUCUGCUGCUGUGCUACUGCCUAUACUGUUGCUGAUAUACACACUUGCUCUUUGAUUUUGAAGAAGCCCCGGCAGUGCCAUAUAUACUUGUGCGUAUGAAUUUCGGAGCAGUCAUUCGCUGAAUUUUCAUGCGGCGUUUUUUUGCGGGAAGGGUGAAUGUAUAGACAGGCUCUUUGGGUCGCAGGUGUUGGUCUUGUGUAAUAUUUUCACUUUCAAAUCCAGCUUGCAACGGGUUGAAGAAUGGGCAAUGAGAGAGAGAGAGAAAGACUUAACUUUAUUGUGAAUUGCUUGCGACUUUAUGAUAAUUGAAAGGGAAUAUUCAUAAUGGACGAAGAAGACCCGGCAAUAAUUUCUGGCGAUGUAGAGACAAUUGUGAUAAAGCCUGAAUGCAUAGAACUAUUAUUAUUUGAUGCUGAAGAUGGAGAGUGGUUGCAAGAAUCAUCUGAUGAUUUAGAUCCUGAACUGACUGAAAAUAAUGUCGAUGAGUGCUGUUUUGUUACUUCAUCUGGUGAAGUAGUUACUAUUAACAAUGUGGACACAGUGCAAACUCCAUUUUAUUUGGAGAGUUAUUUUAUGGACAACGAUGGCUAUAGGAGUAGGUCUCCGGUACAUCAAAAUAUAAUAGAGAUCGAUAGAGUUACUUGCUAUGAAUGUGACAUUGUUUUUUGCAAUGAGCAUAGACUUUUAGAGCACCUUAUGACGCAUAUUGAUGUCUACAGAAUGGGCUGCGACGUUUGUGAUAAGGACUUAAAUUUAGAAGAGAAAUUUCAACUGCACAUGAUGGCAGUAACCUGGCAAAGUGUCUACUAUUGUGAUUUUUGUAGAAAAUCUUGUGCUGGUGUCGUUAGAUCUAGGAGUCAACCACCACCACCUGGUAAAACAUACAUGUGCCAUGACUGUGAAUACCAUGUCAAACAAGAAACAAUGAACUUCCAAAAUACGAUACAGUUAUAUGAAAGUGUAGUCAACCAUCCCACAAAUGUUCCUGUGAAGCCACCGAAGGAAACACCUCCUUUAAUUGUGUCUCCAGCAUUACCUCAAACACCUUCAGUUGUAGAAUUUUCCACAACAUCACUUCCAGCUGUGCAAUCUGCUGUGACAUCGCCUCCUCCAACAGAAGUAUUGCAGGACCACAAACAAAAGCCCAAUAGUGAUGCUAAAUACGAAGGUGAAUUUUACUCGAUAGCAAAUCCAACAACAGAGCUUCAAGACUGUUAUAUCCCUCGUAAGUCUCCUCCUAAGAAAGAGAACAUGAAAUGCAGACGACCAAAGCCUAAGGUGCAAAUUGUCGGUGAAAGUAUGAGGCAGACUUUAAAAUUAAACACUAAGUCACAUCUUAAAGACAAGUCUAAGACGCUGAAGCUCAAGUGCCGAUACUGUCCAGCUACGUUUUCGGAAGAUUUAAAUCUUAUGGCACACUUGCGCGAAAAACAUAGGCUUCAUAAGCUCAGGUAUGUGUGCAAGCUCUGUGGUAAGGAAUUUGUGCAGCAACGCUGCUAUGAAAAUCACUUGAGCUUUCACCAGCUGGCCAAAAACCACAUGUGCUUCGUGUGCAAUCUCGCGUUUCUGUCCAAAUACGAGCUUGAGCAGCACGCGCAGAUGCACGACAAGAGCGACAUUAUAAACACUUACUGCAACAAUACUACGGACUGCGGCGCGCUCGACUUGCGCAAAAAAAAAAGAAAAAGUGCUGCGUGAUCAGUGACUCGCGUGUACGUGGUUUAUCAAAAGUAAAUGAUCAUGAACAAGGCUAGUGUUUAUAUUAGCGUUUUUGUACAAAUUUUGGUUAAAAUUUGUUACUAAAGUGGCUUUCUAUGAAGUUCUUUCAGCAAUUUGAAUUGAAAAUUGUUUUAUACUUCCCUCACUAUAUUUGAUGUUACGUAAUAUAAAGAAUUAUUAUUGUUAUAAUUUUAAAAAAUUAUUUAUGAUAUGCGUAGAUAUAUUACGUUCAAUAGUGUAAACACUGUUCAACAGUAUAUAUAUAUAUAUAUAUAUAUAUAUAUAUACACCUAUAUACUUUUAGGUAUUUAAUAUAAAAUUGAAUAUAUCGCUAUAGAACAUUCAAUCGAAUUAUAUUAUUACGAACUAAGUUCUUAUUAGAUAUAUUUAUCGUCGCAUUAUGAACUGUAUCCUACAAUUUAAUUAAGAUAUAGUUGUAAAAUUUUCUACGGUAUAAAAGCUUGGUAGAAAGCCACUUUAUAGACAUGAAUCUCAUACGAAUUUUACAUAAAAUAGAGUAUGAAUAUUUGAUAUUCUAGAUUGUAUUGUGUGAGUAUAUGACUGAAGAUAGAUAUAUGAAUUAAGUAGUGAAUUCAAAUUGUAUCAUAAAGGGAAAAAGAAAGAACGCAAUUCUUUAUUUGGCGGUGUUAUUUUCUUUGCGAAUUAAAGUUGUUUAUUAUUUUAUACUUUACAAUGCCAUAAUUGAAUUGAUUUAGGGAUCUUUCUUUCAGUUUUAUGUGAGUACAAAAAUAGUUUACAUUGCAAGUCCUGCUAGAACAGGUUGGACAAAUGCGUGAUCGUUACAUUUAUACAUGUUUUUUCUUAAUAAACAAGGAUACAUUA